AUGUCGGAACUUCUUAGUGUUGGAGUUAUUAAAGAAAUGUUUGAGGCCAUCAGCGAGGACGGGCCAAGACCAGAUAAUCCAGUGCUUCAGGUGGUAAGAUUUUCCGCAAACCAAAAUAAUCCGAAUGAAUCACUUCAAUCGAGAGUUAGAGUAGCCUUUUCUGACGGACAAGAACUUGUGUCAGGUCUUCAAUCAAGCAGCAUUAUACCAGUUAAUCUUUUAAAAAGCGUGAGUGGUGGCAGGUUGGAAAGAGGCCAGCUCCUUAGGUUGACACACUACAGUUGUAAUAUUAGUCAAAGCACUAAAGGGCAACAACCCCAAAAAGUAAUAGUUGUUAGUAACUACGAGGUAGCAAGUAGUGAAUUACAACCAAUUAUCGGUAAUCCAUUUCCUGGCCAAGACACAGUCACCGAACGUUCUAGACCUUUGGCAAACCCAAAUCCUCAAUCUUUAACACCGCCACAUCAUCAACCUUUGGCACCACCAAAUCCUCAAAUUUCUCAACACCCCUCCCCAACGUUUCCGAGAUCUGUAUCUGGCGUCCAGCAACAAAUGGGACCACCUACACCUACCUUUAACGGAUCUACUUUUAAUGGAGGCAAUGUUAUGAGAUCAAGUUCCAACAAUAUGCGACGAUCUUCAACAGGCCUUGCUGAUGAAGGGAUCUUCCCUAUCAAUUUACUUAGCCCGUAUCACAACAAGUGGAAGAUCAAGGUGGUCGUUGGUGCAAAAUCAGACAUAAAACAUUGGCAAAAUCAAAAUGGUUCGGGAAAGUUAUUCAAUGCAACCUUAUUGGAUGAUAGUGGAGAGAUAAGAGUAACAGCUUUUGGGCAACAAGUAGACGCCUUUUACGAUAAAUUGGAGGAAGGAAAA